AUGCUCAUCAACCUCGGCCCCAUCGAAUGUCAUCUGCCUCACUCCGAGCCCAAUCUUGUGAAUCCGGGGCACCGAAGACGCGCGCAGCUCAACAUCACAAAACACGAGAGAGAUUCUGCCUACCUAGUCGAUAUUGACCACUUUGUGGUUGCGAAUGGUUUCUGCGAUGCGCCGACGGUUGCGUUUUGGAUUCUAGACUCGCGUGUCGACGAUGUUGAUGCGCAGUUUGAUUCCGCGGUGGAGACAGUUGAGUUCCGCCAUCAUUCUGACCACGUAAGGGGUGUGGCGAACGCGUAG